GGCGUGUAGCUUCACCUCCAACUUCUUUAACCUCUCAUGCCACAGUUAAGUUAAUCUCAUUGACUCGCAACAAGUUGACCUGUGUCCUAGCUAGAGCUGGAUCCUGGUUUAUGUCAAAAGUUUAGAAAACGAUAUUUGAAAUGAAAACUCAGCCAGAGAUUCAGAGCACCAGUAUAACAUUGUUCUGGUAUUAAUGGUGAUGUAGGUUACUUGACAUGACUUGAGAAGUCCCGCCAAUGCUGGAGUCCUUACAACCGCAUACAUUUAGACAAAGAUCGAGAAGAUGAGAAAAAUGUCGACAAGCUAGGCAAAAAAAUUUUUAAAAAAUGUGUAAAGGCAAAUUUCUACAUUGUAUAAAUUGAAGUGUGUGUGUGUGUGUGUGUGUGUGUGUGUGUGAGAAAAAGAGACAGAGAGAGAGAGAGAGGGGGGAGAGAGAGAGAGAGAUUGCUAAUAACAAUUCCAGUGGUAGGGUGUCGAGUUGACGUACGUUGCCUCUUUACUGAAAACAAAUUAAGCAUGUCAAACAGUAGUUGGGGAAAUUGAUUGAAAUGUAGGGCGUUUGUCAAGACUCCGACUACAUAAAGCCCAUGUGAAUGCUGUGGCACCUGCUGUCUGUCAAAAUAUGAACAUUAAUUAAACCAAGAAUGUUUGAUACAGACAAAAAAUAGAAAAAGAAAAAAAAAGAGUGACUUGGGGAUAGACGAACGAAUACACAGAGAGACAUGCAUAUUCAUACGUACAUGCACAUUCAUACUUACAGAAAGAGAGAAAGAAAGAAAAAAGAAAGAAAGAAAGGAAGGAAGGAAGGAAGAAAGAAAGAAUGAGAGAAGAGGGAUAAGCCACCGCGAAGACCAACAUUCACUGAUUUAUAUGUAAACACGUAUUACGUUUUAUCAGUGAUAGCUUAGACGUAUUACAUCUCUGAUAUAGCGCUAGUAAUACAUUCAGUACACACUUCACAGAUAACAGUAAAACGGAAGCACUGUCAUUUCAAGAGUCAUCGUUAAUCUAUUUAUUUUGGGUUUGGCUCCCUGGUGAUGCAUUUUCUUCUCAACAAUUUUUUAGUGCCGUGAUCCUAAUCCUUCUUAAUUUUGAUCUCCUCACCACCUUACUGGUUAUGAUUAGUUCAAUUUGUAUUUAUCAGAUGAAUAAAAUGAUUUAUUCACACUUGCUGUGUGGAUUAAUCGAUUAAUUAAUUACACAUUUAAAAAAGGAGGAAAACAAAAUAAAGAAAUUACGUCAUCAACUAUAUACAUGUUUAAGUUGUAGCUCUCUUCUUAGUAACAAAGCAAAACGAUGAAGACUACAGAGAGCCCAUUUAAUGCUUCGGUGCGUUUAAAGGCACAUUAUGCCACGAAUUCAGAAAUCUCUCACGCAAGCCAUUCUGGAAGAAGACGUGGCCGCUGUUCGUUACAUGACGUCAUCCGGGAGUGACGUCAUUGUGGUAAAUGACGUAAUACCAACAAAUGAAGGCCACGUCCACGCUCUUCACUUAGCAGCACAGAUAGGAAAUUUGGACAUUCUUCAAUAUUUGAUAGAUGCUGGCGCAAAUGUAAAUGCUAAGCGAACGGUUGGCAGUCUGCAUGACGUCACCCCUUUACACUACGCUUCACAAUGCAACCAUCCUAAAGUAGUGAACUUCUUAAUAGAAGCUGGGUGCGACGUCAGUGCUAGAAGAAGUGACGGAUGCACAGCACUGCACCUAGCUAGCCAAGGGGGGUUCACUGAUAUUGUACGCACACUUGUAACUUGCGGCUGUGAUCCUGACGUCAUUGUCUCUAGUUGUGAGGUCACAGGGCUGACGUCAUUACACCUGGCCGCUCAAAGAGGCCAUUUACAGGUAGUUAAAGCCCUAAUACAGGCAGGAUGUGAUAUCUUUAAGAAGAAAUCUUCUCGUGACGUCAAAGAUUUGAACGCGCUCCAUUUGGCGGCGAAGGGAGGUCACAGUCACGUAGUUGACACGCUGGUUAAAGCAGGGCUUGACCCAAAUGUGCAGUUAAACCAGGGGCAUUCCGCUUUAUACCUAGCAGCUAAAGAGGGGCAUGUGAACUGCGUGCGUAAACUACUCUCCCUUGGCGCGAAAUUAGACCAUUUGAACGUAAACCUUUCCCCUCUUUUCAUCGCUGCGCGCAAGGGAAAAGUGGAAGUUAUUAAGUGCCUCAUCGAGCAUGACUACUUCCGCGCAAAAAAUGAGGCCCUUACAGUCGUGCACAAGAAAGCUGUCGCGACUCUACUUCGACGUCAUCCCUGUGUUUUAUUUGAAGAAGACGCAAAGGGGCGGGCUCUUCUUCACUGGGCUUGUGAAAAGGGCUUAGUGCACGUGGUCAGUCACGUGAUGGAGACGGAACGCGAGGCGCGCUUUCUAAUGGAGAGGCGUGUAACAGCCGCGGGUUCUCCGUACCUCGGUCUAACCCCGGCGCACAUCGCAGCCCUGCAAGGGAAAUCAGACAUCUUGAAACUUCUGAGGGAAUUCAGUUGCAAAUUCAACGCCAAAGCACGGCUUGGCGACAUAGAUGACGUCACGGUUCUUCACUGCGUCGCCAAGAGUGGUGACGCUGCCAGCAUGGUCGCUGCCAUCGACGCCAAAGGUGACAUUAACGCCGGUGAUUCUGAUGGCUGUACUCCUUUACACUGGGCAGCUCGGUAUGGCUGCAUCUUGGCGGUAGAUAUUCUUCUUCAGGCAGGCGCUGAUCCGGAGAUUAAGAACAGAGCUGGACUUUUACCUUACCAUUAUGCUUUACAAGACGGAUACACUGACAUCUGCAGGAAACUUCAACAUUCCAUGAAUAUUGGUGGAGAAUAUGCGGACUAUGUGAAUAUGGCUCAAAAGACCAAAGAUAGCUUUGACGUGACAGAUUCAGCACCCAUUCCACACAGCAGACGAUCGUGCAGCCCUGAUGUCCAACAGAUGACAACAAAUGGAAAGGAGUUGCCAGAAGAAAAUGGACAAACAUUUAGAAAAACUACUGAACAUGCUGAAACCCAAAGAAAAUGUUCGAUUUCUCCAUCGCAAUCAAACGGCGUCUGUCUCGACGUUUCAUCCAAUUAUGCUUUGACAAUCCACCCAAACGGGGACUGCUCUACUGGAUCAUCCAAUCAGACCACGACAAAUGGUUCUCCUCUGGUCAGACGUGCUUCAAGCAGACGACAUCUGAUUCGAUAUUUCCAGAACUGGAUUUCUCGGCGUAGGAACACUGGGCGUAAAGGGAACACCGACAGGCAGAUUUUGGAGAAAAUUUGCAGUAUACUGAAGGAGCAUAUCCCGAGUAGAGAUUUGCCCAAUCUGGCUGUUCGCCUAGAUGUCCCGUCUUGGGUCCACGGUGGAGGGAAUGGAAUGGACAUAGCUUUGCGGGCUGAAAAGAUGCUCGCCUAUUGGCUGAGACGGGACGUCAAUCCAACAGUCCAAAGACUUUGCGAGGCAUUGAUAAGGAUUGGCCGCGUUGACCUAUUAGGCAUCAUUCAUCUUGUGACAGAUAUAAGUGAUGUCACUGGAUCGCAGUUUGACAUUCCAGAAUCUCUCAAAGAGGCCCCAUUGAUGGAUCUCUCUCAUGAAAUUGGUCAGGAAUGGAAGACAUUGGGGAUAUAUCUGGGCCUGUCGAUUGCGGAAAUUGACCACAUUGUACACGAUGAUCAAGGAGACAUGCGCCUGCAGAUAUUCAACAUGCUGCUGCGUUGGAGGAACCGCAGCUUGCUCAGCGAACGAGGUCCUCUUCAGCGUCAGCUCUGCGAGGCGCUGGUCAAGGUGAACCGCAAGGACCUGGCGGACGCCCUCCAUGUGACGUACGCGUCACCAACAUAAAACACUCUCUGUGGUACACUUAUUGCAUGCACCUACAGAAAUAGACAAACCGAUACGCGCGCGUGGGCCAACAGUUGCAUUUUUUUUCCAUUAGAGGUUGUCAAGCACUGGUGCAUAUUUCAUACUGAUUUGACCACAUGCUUUCGAUGUGACCUUUAGCGUAGAUUUAUUGGACCGCCUGCGUGGGUAGCUUGCCCCAAAUGUUAUAUAUAAUACCCAGGGUGGAUGACAAGUUAUCAAAAAAAAAAAAAAAAA